GCUGGAGUGAAGAAUACGAGAAUACGAGAGAGCGAAGGGAGAGAGUGGCGACUCAACCACUGUUCUGUCCAGGCCACCACCACUCUCACCACCACCACCACGAUCUGGUGAUCACUACCACACCACCAGCAUCAUCAUCACAGUACCAGGAUCUGAAUACCAUCGGUACAAUAACAUAAUCUCAGUGCUAUCAUCAUCAACGACAUCACAGCAUUGUAAUCAUCUGAAUAGCAGCAUUGCAAUACCGUCAUCACAGGACCAUCAUCAUCACAUUAGCGUCAUCAUCAGAAUACCAUCGCCAUCACCACUCACAGCACCACCAUCAUCAUCAUCACCACCGGAUAGUGUGUUCAUCGUCACGGUUACCAUCAUCUUCACUGCAACACAAUCACAUCUGCCGAGCGUAUCAUCAUCAUCGCCGUCGUCGCCAUAGCGCCACCACCAUCAUCAUCAUCGCCGUUGCAGCAGCAGCAUCAUCACCAUCAUCAUCACGAUCAUCACAAUCAUCACCAUCAUCAUCACGAUCAUCACAAUCAUCACCAUCAUCAUCACGAUCAUCACAAUCAUCACCAUCAUCAUCACCACGACCAAGGAGGGGAGAUGGAUGGGGGCUGUCGGGUUACCAUCGCGGGGCUGUGAGACGCCGGGAUUCGGGUUGAGAAUUACAACUUUUAGGGGCAUCAACAACAUCAACAACAACAACAACAUCAACAACAUCAACAAGUGACGACGGAACGUGGUGGACCCUCAAUACAUCCACAGUGUUGGGAGGAAAAGAACACAACGACAAUGGGCAAGUUUCAGUCGAAACAGGCGUGCAGGAGAAGAGAAAGUCCAGAAGGAGACAGCUUCGUGGUGAACGCUUACGCCAACCGGCGUGGAUUGGAAGAGGUGACUGCGAGUGUCCUUCCCCCGGCGUACCGGGAUGUUCUCUACUGCGGCGGGGUUGCGAAGGAGCUGUUUCCAGAAGAGGUGUCGUCCCUGAGCACUCUGCAGACUCCCUUGAGCCCCGGCGAAGACGAAGCAGAGGACGGCGGCGGCGGCGGCGAUGCCACGGACAAGAAGCCUGCCGACAAGGCCGCGCUCAGCGCCCUCAACUUCCAGCAGGAGCUGCAGUGCGACGUGCUGGUGCAGGACAACAAUCGGCAGGAGUGGACGUUCACGCUGUACGACUUCGACAACAGUGGCAAGGUCACUCGAGAGGACAUCAGCAGCCUGAUGCACACGAUAUACGAGGUGGUGGGCACCUCCGUCAAUCACUCCACCGGCAACAGCAAGACCCUGAGAGUGAAGCUCACCGUGACCCCUGACCCUGGGCAGCAGAGGAGGCGUGGCGCGCCCCACGGCAUUGUGGAUCAGCCGCCGUCGCAUGGCCAGGAGGAGGAGAAGGCAACCCCCGAGGAGGCCAGGCAGCCCGAGAAGAAACAGCAGCAGCAGCAGCCUCAGCAGCAGCAGCAGGAGCCCCAGCAGCAGCAGCAGCCUGAGCACCCUGCGUUGUGGCGUCACAACAGCGGGCAACCCCAGGGCUCGGCGACCGCCCGCCACUGCUGCUGCGCGGACGAGAACGUGGAGCGCAGGAACCACUACCUGGAUCUGGCUGGCAUGGAGAGUUACGGAGCGCCCGUCUGCUCGCCCGCUCAAGCAGGCUCCCCGCGGAUGAGCAGAAGGCGCGAGGCCCCGCACGACCCCGAGCCCCUGGCCGGCCAGCCCGGGCGACGGGCGGCCGUUCUGGCCCAGCGCAACCGCACGCCGCCGGACACUUCCACCGCCGCCACCGCCGCCGCAGCCGCCACCACGACAACCGCCGCCCGCCACGUCUCGCGAUCGUCCCGCACCAAAGGCCCGGCCGUGACGCAGGCCGCCUCGUCGAGGCCGGGCAGACAGCGCGGCCGCUCCGUGCCUCUGAGGCCCGUGGGUGUCCAACAGCAGCAGGCGCAGCAGCAGCCGCAGCAGCAGCAGCAGCACAAGAGGCACAGGCAGCGCGGGCGGGAAGGCUGCCUCUCUCCGGGGAGGCCCCCGCACUACCAAGCGCGAGCCCCCGUGCCCGGCGUCCCUGACGCUCAGUGGCUGGAGCAACCUCAGCAUCAUCAUCAUCAGCACCUGCAGCAGCAGCAGCAACUGCACUUGCAGCAGCAGCAGCCGGGGGCAAUGCAGUCGUCCAUGCUGGUGCCGGUCAUGCAACGGCACGAGCACCACCACUACCACGAGCACCAUCACCACCACCACUACCACCACUACUACGAGACGUGAUGACGCGCGCGCGCCGCCGCUCCGGCUUUUUGAUCUCCCGCCUCUCCGCGAGAUCGCUCGACCGAGGGCCCCCCCCCCCCACGCUGCCGCCCGGCUUAACUCACCCGACCGCACGCACGGCUCCGAUCGAAGACACGGCGGGAGGCAACGUCGACGGGGAGGAGCUUCUCCGUUGAGCAAAGCCGCGCGGAAAGCCACCGAAACCCCCCCUCAAGGGGAUCGGCUCGGUGACGCGACCGAUGACAUUGUCGGCGGGCGGGCGGGCGGGCGGGCGGGCGCGCGCGGCGGUUUGUCAGCGGCAACUUGAAACGACGGAAAGCUCCGGCGGUCCGUUGUCGUGUUUCUUUUUUUGGUCGCCCAAAAAAAUAAUUUUUCAUUCAUCUGUAAGACGCCUUCCACUAAUGUCUGUCGGCUCUCUCACCGCUUACCCCCCCUCCCCCCCCCCCCCCGGCGAUGAUCGUUGAAGGUGCCAACCCUUGGGUUUCUCUGAGCCGAAGGAAUUGCUUCCAGCUGUGGUGGAUCUCGACAGGGACGACACCUUCGCCUUGUGGAGAUCUCUUCGGAGUGAGGGCCCCCGGGUUAUUGUCUGGGACUCGUACGAUAAGACGUCCGCACAUUUCCCUUUCUAUCUCUCUCACACACCCCCCACCUCUUCCACCACCAUCACCACUUUGGAUGACCGCUGGACUGUAGCUUGCUCAUCGUCAGAAAUAGUAAAAAUGUCUCAGGGAGAUUGCCCAGUGGUCAAGGCCACGAGGAUUGGGCUUGUUCAAAAAUUUUGCUGAGAGAGAGAGAUAUAAAAAAAAAUAUAUAGAGAGAGAGGUUACGUGAACAUGUUAAGUGCUAUUCUAGUGGAACCUGUGCUGCCAGUGUAAGUUUUCUCUUCAGCCACCCUUUGCUCUGCAUCAGCGGCCCCCGAAAACUCAAGACGCUGGGGUCCAACCAGGGAGCAAGAAAUACUUUCGGCGCAAAGACCACGGUGGCCUCGGGACAUCCGUAGAUUAAAAAUACGCCCGCAAGAAAAAGCACGAAUUCUCUCAUUUGUAGCGCAUUAUUAAGGAUUUUUCCCCCCAGGGGUUUCCUCUUCUUCUUGAGGGAAGUUUUCCCGGGACAUCCGUCAUUCAUCCCGGGACGUUCAAAGUCCCGGUUGAUGUGUCAGUUGCGCGACGACGCGCCACCCCGGUCACAUGCCCUUCAACGAGCCCUUCACGAGCCCUUCACGAGCCCUUCACGAGCCCUUCACGAGCCCUUCACGAGCCCUUCA